AUGGCCAAUGGUGCCUACUCGGUGUACGCAGCAGACUUGGACUUGGACGGUGACCUCGACGUGCUCAGCGCCAGUACCGACGACAAUAAAAUUGCGUGGUACCCCAACAACGGCGGUGGCUCUUUUACCGCACCACUCGUCAUCUCCACCGCAGCCCGUGGCGCUCAAUCAGUGUACGCAGCCGAUUUGGACUUGGACGGCGAUCCUGACGUCCUCAGUGCCAGCUACACCGACAACAAAAUUGCAUGGUACCGCAACAACGGCAAUGGCACCUUUUCCACACAGAUGAACAUCUCCACGGUCGCCAAAGGCGCUUCCUCAGUGUUUGCGGCGGAUUUGGACGGUGACGGUGACUUUGACGUCCUCAGUGCCAGUCCUUACGACAACAAGAUUGCGUGGUACCGCAAUGAUGGCAACGGCACAUUUUCUGCACAAAACAUCAUCACCACUGCGGCCAAUAGUGCCCGCUCGGUGUACGCAGCGGACUUGGACGGCGACGGCGACAACGACGUCCUCAGCGCCACGGCCUCCUUAUGCUUUGUGGGAACCACUUGUGGAAAAAACAAGACCAAGACAGCUUGGUAG